AUUCGACUAAAAGAAGGUGACCGUUAAGAUUUUUAUUCACCAUAACAAAUUUAUUUUUUAAAUAAUGCCACGUAAUAAUUUUUAGUUGAUAAAAUUGCAGGGGCGUUUUUAGUAAACAUGCACAACGAUGUUUACUAGGUUUGUUUUUUGUGACGUUAUAACUUGUGUUUUCUAGCUACAUUAAAUAUUUCCACAAGAUGGCGCUAAACUUAGUUAAUCGGUAACCUGGUCUACAAACAAGUUUUGUCUAUGAUUCAUCAAGUUCUGGGCUCUGUGCACCACACAACCCUCUUUUAGGCAUCAGGGAUAAGUGUGAGUAGCACUAAUAGAUCGGCAAAACACAUGUUCUAUCGGUAAUACACACCCCAAAAAACAUUCAGUGUAAUUUCCAAUCAAAGUAUUUGCCCUUAGCUACAUUUAAUAUAAAACAGACUACCAAAUUUAUAAGGCAAAACUUCCUGGCUCUCGCAGAUGUAAUUGCGCUUUUCCUGCUCUUUUUUUUUAUUUUAUUUAAACCCAAAUACACUGAGAAAUAAACACGAGGAGGGUGUUCACACCAGCAGACCACACAUACAUUGACCUCCCAUGAUAAGAGGACAGAAGCGACCCCCUGUCCUGCUCAGACAAACUCGCCCACAUACACGGAGAGACCUGCCGAAGCGGAGACGCGCUGACACCGUGCGCUAUUCGCUCCCCGGGUGAAGCGCAGAUCUACCGGAGCCUACUGCCUGCCUGCCUCCCUGCCUGCCUGUGAAAAAGUGAUGCUGUCAUAGCCCCCCUGCACCGCGGACAGAGCCUAUUUCACUCCCCCCUCCUCCUCUCCGAACCUCCCCGGAUCCUCUGUGGCUGGCUGUCGGCGGCAGCAGUGCGGAUGUGGAGCCCGCAACGCAGCGCUCUACACCCGUUAGCAAGCACCGGAGAAGAAGAUGAAAUGUUUUUCCCGUUAUCUCCCGUAUCUCUUCCGCCCUCCGAGCACCAUCCUGUCCUCCACUUGCCACACCGAAGCUGACAUUAUCUCAACGGUGGAGUUUAACUCAUCGGGGGAGCUGUUGGCCACUGGGGAUAAAGGAGGUAGAGUGGUUGUCUUCCAAAGGGAGCAGGAGAGUAAGAGUCAGCCCCAGCGUCGUGGGGAGUACAAUGUUUACAGCACAUUCCAGAGCCAUGAGCCAGAGUUUGACUACCUGAAGAGUUUGGAGAUUGAGGAGAAGAUCAACAAGAUCAAAUGGCUUCCUCAGCAGAAUGCAGCAUAUUUCCUGCUUUCCACCAACGACAAGACAGUGAAGCUGUGGAAGAUCAGUGAGAGGGAUAAGCGCCCUGAAGGCUACAACCUGAAGGAUGAGGACGGACGGAUCCGAGACCCAUCCACCAUCACCACUCUACGGGUGCCGGUGCUUCAGCCUAUGGAUUUGAUGGUCGAGGCUACAGCCAGACGGGUGUUCAGCAACGCCCAUACCUACCACAUCAACUCCAUCUCUGUCAACUCCGACCUUCAGACCUUCAUCUCCACCGAUGACCUUCGGAUAAACCUGUGGAACCUGGAGAUCACCGACCGCAGCUUCAACAUUGUGGACAUCAAACCAGCCAACAUGGAGGAGCUGACGGAAGUAAUCACCUCUGCAGAGUUCCACCCGCAGGAGUGUAACACCUUUGCCUACAGUAGCAGCAAAGGUUCAAUACGCCUCUGUGACAUGAGACAAGCCGCACUCUGCGACAAGCACUGCAAAUACUUUGAGGAGCCAGAGGAUCCAUCCACUCGCUCCUUCUUCUCUGAAAUCAUCUCAUCCAUCUCUGACGUGAAGUUCAGCCACAGCGGACGCUACCUGAUGACAAGAGACUACCUCACUGUAAAGGUGUGGGACCUUCAAAUGGAGAACAAGCCGCUCGAGACGUACCAGGUUCACGACUAUUUACGGGGUAAGCUGUGUUCUCUGUACGAAAACGACUGCAUCUUUGACAAGUUUGAGUGCGUCUGGAAUGGAUCAGACAGCGUCAUAAUGACCGGCUCUUACAACAAUUUUUUCCGAAUGUUCGACCGAAAUACCAAACGCGAUGUCACACUGGAAGCAUCCAGAGAGAACAGCAAACCCAGAGCUAUUCUGAAGCCUCGCAAGGUGUGUGUAGGUGGGAAGCGGCGUAAGGAUGAGAUCAGCGUCGACAGCCUUGACUUCAGCAAGAAGAUCCUUCACACGACGUGGCACCCACAUGAAAACAUCAUUGCUGUAGCAGCCACCAACAACCUAUACAUCUUUCAGGACAAGGUCAACUAAAGGGCAGCCUGCCCCCUGCUGACCCCUGACCCUGCACCUGUAAGGGGCUGCUGUCUUGAAUUCCCCGACUCUGCUGAUGACGACCAGGGUAAAAGUAUCCAGUGACUAAAGUGGGGGAAGUGGACAGCACAUGUUUUAGGAAGCAACAACUUGAUUCCUUGAAAUCAAGAAUGAACUUCUUCAAUUUGACUUAUAAUUUAAUUUAUUUAGCCAUGCGGACACCCGAAGAAUUGUUUCCCAUGCGUUUAUGCAACAAGAGGAUUGCUACCAUCACAUUAUGACGUAGCAGCACUCUGGACCCUAAGGACAGAGGCAGAUGUGGGCACAAUGAACAGAAAAUAGAGCACACUGACAGAAACCAGGCCUACGUGAUGGUGGCUCACUGUCAUGUAGCAACAGUGCCCCCUGUCUUUCGGUCUUCUCAUGCUGCAAUGCAUGUGAUCAACCCUGCAGCCUCUACGUGAGGCAAAAUUCCUGAACAGCGCAAUGUGCUGCAGAAGAGGAAAAGACUGUUAAUCUCUGACCCGCAGAAACUGAGUUCUCGCUGCCUGUGACACAACACAGACAGUCUUUCUAGUACCAAUCUCGUGUCUCCUUGUGAGACUGCUGUAGUCUGUAAUGUGAAUGAAGCCCUUCCAGGCUGUGUCAUUGGGUUUUAUUUAACGCUUUUUGUUUUUGUUGAGUCCUUCUCUCGGUCAAUGAGUCUAUUUAGAAGCUGUGGUGCCUUCUUUUGGUAUGUGGGGGUUCGAUGUAGUGGAAGGGAGGGGAGGGGAGGGUCGGGUGGGGAGGAGGGGUAAUGGCUACAAGGAGGGAGUGUGUGAAUGUUUCAAAUGAAAUGUUAACUUAGGAUUUUUUUUUGUUCUUUUUCUUUCUUUCUUUCUCUCUAAAUAAACAAACACACACAAAAAAAGCUCCACACAGGUCCCAAGUAGAAAAAGUGCUUGAAUCAAUGUAGUCACAAUUCUACAUUAGAGCACUGGUUUCAUGCUUGUGAGCUCAGGGGAGAAUGCUGUGAUAUGUACAAAGUAAUUGUUGCUCUCACCUUGCAAGUCAGUCUGAUGUUGUCAGUUUGCAAGAGACACAAACAAAGUCACAUUCAUUUCUAAAUUUCUUGCCACAUUUUCUCUUUAUUUGGAUAGUACUAAAAAUGAUCUGUAGACUGUAGAUUGGUCGACUCAUCGUGUUGACAUAUUGAAUUUAAAACUUGAGAUUUUCUUGGCCUAACAAUGCUAGCAUAGCUUUUUUUUUUCUUUGCAUGCGUUGGAUCUGAUUCUGAUGAAGCUGACAGCCUGCGUAUAGCUAUAUUUGUACAUCUGCAGAUCAUCUGGGGCACUAUUCAGUUUUUUUUAUAUAAAUAUUAGAUUGCUGCAAUGCCUUUCCAUGUUUCUCAUCAAGCUGAAAAUGGGUAACAUGGAACAGUAGCAGAUUGUCUUUCAGCACUCGGCUCUUACCGGCCAACUCCCGUAAAGCAAAGCAGUCAAAGGUCUAAGUGAACUCUGUGAAAUCAGGGAAUAAUUAAGUGUGAUUCCUUUAAACAGUAAUGUCUUCUAAACAACCUCCUUUGUGACACUCUAAUUGAAAAAAAAAAGACUUUUAUAGCUCAGAAUGUAUUGAAAUGCAAUGAAAUACCAUGCAGUCUUUAUGCUUACUGGACUUUUUUUUGAAUAAAAAAAAGAAUAAAGAUGUGCAAGUUCAAAUCA